UGUCUUUCUCAGAGGAUCGCAAUUGGUGAUAUUGUUCGUGGUUUGGACAGGAAGGGUUUACAUGUUUACUGUUUUUGUGCCUCGUGCAAAGAUGAUGAUGCUUCCAGACAACUAAAUACGGAAUGAAUAAGGAAUUUAUGGAUUUAAAAUCGUGGGAAUCUGAAAAACCUUUUCUCAAGGAGUUCAAAGAUGAGGAUUGAUGCAACUCACCUUUAAAGUGAGCGUUAACUCUUCUUCUUCGAGAUUUCUUGACUGCAGUCUCAUCGGCUGUCAGGACACAAAAUGUCUACCUUCCAGUCGAUCUUCACGGAGCGAUUCGAAGAUGUGUUUUCCCUCAGCGGUUCCUCCGUUUCCGUUACUAACUUUUCACUGUUGUUCGUGUCCCUCGUCCUUAGUCUUUACAUCUACAGCUCCAGACUGAGACAGAAGGAGCCCCGAAAGCGGAUCCCGGGUCCCAAAGUGAAUGGUAUCAUCACCAAUGUUAUUCCGCUUAUCAGCAUUUUCAGAAAUAAUGCUGCGAGCAAGAGAGCCUUGUUUUUCCAGGUUAUAUGUGGCUAUUCCUAUGUGUUUCGAAAGGAAGGAAUGUGGCUAUUUUGGGGAGGCUUAAAGAAGAUUUUAAUCCUCUACAAAGCGGAAACAGUAGAGCCAAUUUUGAACAGUAACGAGAUCUUGGGAAAAGGUUUUGAGUAUGAAUUUGUGACUCCUAUGUUGAAAGAAGGACUUCUUACAAGCACCAAAGAAAAAUGGCGUUACAGGAGAAAACUCCUCACUCCUGCGUUCCAUUUCCGAAUUUUAGAUGAGUUCAUUCCAGUCUUCAAUGAGCAGGCAAAGAUCCUGGCUAAAAAACUCGCAGAAGCUAUGGAGACGAAACAAUGGGUCAAUGCUGCACCACUUAUAUCCCUUUGCACUUUGGACAUCAUAUGUGAAACUGCGAUGGGAACAAAAAUCAAUGCACAGAUUAAUAGUACAUCACCUUAUGUGCAAGCUCUUCACAGUUUUUGUACAUCAGCAACUGAUCGUCUGCUGAGACCUUGGCUGUGGCCAGACUUCAUAUACUAUCGAACAAAAGAAGGGAAAGAUUUCAAGAAUUGUCUGCAAAUCAUGGACAGUUAUGCAAGACAGGUGGUUGCCGAGCGCAAAGCGGAGAAAUUGAAGGAACGAGAGAAUAUGGAACAAACAAAGGAAGAUGAAAACUCGGAAGACGUUGUCGGACGAAAAAUCAGACGUCGACAAGCCUUGCUCGACCUGUUGCUGGAUUUGCACUUCAAGGACGAGUCCUUUACACUAGAAGACAUUGCAGAAGAAGUUGACAAUUUCAUGUUUGCGGGACACGAUACGACUUCUUCUGGACUCGGGUGGGCAUUCUACAUGCUCGGUCUCAACCCCUCCGUACAACAAAAGGUGCAACAAGAGUUGGAAGAUGUCUUCGGGGAAGACGUUGAGCGUCCCAUAACUCUGGAAGACAUUAAAGCACUUAAAUAUUUGGAUUGUGUCCUCAAAGAGACGAGACGCCUACUCCCACCAACACCUUUCAUUGCCAGAGACUUAGAAGAUGACACGGUUAUUAAUGGUUAUACGAUCCCGAAAGGCACCAGCUGUGGAAUUCUCAUCCAUAUGCUUCAUCGCGACCCUGACGUAUUCCCUAAUCCGGAAAUGUUUGAUCCUGAUAGAUUUCUCCUGGUAAAUACCACCAAACGGCAUCCUUUUGCUUACGUACCGUUUUCAGCAGGACCGAGGAAUUGCAUUGGUCAAAGAUUCGCAACGUUUGAGGCUAUCACCGUCAUGGCAACCAUUUUGAGGAAGUUCUGUAUCAAGUCCAGAGACCAUCUUGAUAAAGUACACAUCGUCGACGAAUUGGUCCUCAGGAGUGAUAAUGGUCUCUACAUGACGUUCGAGCCCAGACGAUAAGGUGAAAACAAUUUGAAAACAAUGACUGUUUACAAUGUUGGAACUUUUUGCUCUUAUGCUGUCUUCUCGUCAUUUUUCACAUCUAUGUCAUUUUCAACUUCAUUUACCAGCCAUAUGAAGCUUCUAAACAAAUUUUAGAAUGAUACAGAAAUGAAACAUGGAAAGAUUUGAUUCAUCUGUGUUAAUGUAAUAUUUUCUGUUUGCUAAAUAAAAUAAUUUUACUAA